CAGUGGAUAUCAUGAGCACAGCUCUGUGUGUGUUUGGACGGGGACCUGAGGGGAAGGGGCGCAGCAGCAGCAGGCAGCAGACACACUGGAAAUGCUCCAAGAAGUUUCUAUUGCGCAAGUGAUACGCGAAUUAGACAUUUUUGAAAUGAGGGCAAGAAUGAAAGCGUGACUGGGUGCCAUUAUUAAAAACAGGCCAGAGGUACCAGAUGAGUGUUUAGAAGAGCUCGUGGGGCUUUGUGUCAUAGUGCAGCAUUGAUGAUCUGAACACAGUUUGUAGCCCUCCAUUUGCUCUGGUUUUUGUAAGCGGGCAGUUGGGCAGCUUUUGACCGUGUUUAGAGCGUUUCACCGCCUUGAGCUGAGGAAUAUAAACAUGACUGUAGCCAACGCAAAGUCUGGCACAGCCAUGCAGCAGGUACUGGACAACCUGAAAGACCUGCCAUCAGGUACAGGCGCCAAAGAUAUUGACCUCAUCUUCCUCAAAGGCAUCAUGGAGAGCCCCAUUGUCCGCUCCCUCGCUAAGGCUCAUGAGCGUCUUGAAGAAGUGAAGUUGCAGGCUGUGCGGGAUGAUAAUGUCCAGCUGGUCACAGAGAUCCUGGAUUCCCUCAACAACAUGCCACAAAAGGAUGCUGCCUCUGCAGAGCUUGCCAAAAUCCUAGAGGAGCCUCACUUUAAGUCUUUGAUAGAGGCUCAUGACAAAGUAGCUGCAAAGUGCUAUGAAAUGCCCAACGCUGCGGUUAACAGUGAUGCUUCGUUGAAGAGCUCCCUAAUGCCAGCUGAUGCUGUCAGGAUGAUUGGCAUCCAGAAGAAGGCUGGAGAACCACUGGGUGUGACGUUUCGUGUAGAGCAAGGAGAGAUGGUGAUUGCACGGAUCCUGCAUGACAGCUCGAUUGACAGGCAAGGCAUGCUGCACACAGGGGACAUAAUCCGCGAGGUGAACGGUCGUGAGGUCGGUAGCAACCCCAAUGAACUCCAGGAGCUGCUGAGGGACUGCAGCGGCAGUGUCACUCUAAAGGUCCUGCCAAGCUACAGUGACACACCAGCACCUCCACGGAUUUAUCUGAAGCCACACUUCAACUAUAAUCCAGCCACAGACAACUUGAUCCCCUGUAAAGAUGCAGGCUUGGCCUUUUCCAAGGGAGACAUCCUUCAUGUGGUGAACAAGGAGGACCCCAACUGGUGGCAGGCAUGCAAAGUUGUUGGGGGCGCCACUGGUCUCAUCCCCAGCCAGUUUUUGGAGGAGAAGAGGAAAGCUUUUGUGAGGAAAGACUGGGAUGCUCCUGGUUCAGGAAUGCUCUGUGGAACUCGAACUGCAAAGAAAAAGAAGAAAAAAAUGAUGUAUCUCACCUCCAAGAAUGCAGAGUUUGACCGUUAUGAGCUGCAGAUCUACGAGGAAGUCGCUAAGAUGCCUCCUUUCCAGAGGAAAACACUGAUUCUAAUCGGAGCCCAGGGAGUUGGGAGGCGGAGCCUAAAGAACAGACUUAUUGUCAUUAACCCUCUGCGUUAUGGAACCACUGUACCCUUCACGUCACGCCCUCCAAGGGAAGAGGAGAGAGACGGGCAGAACUACUGCUUUGUGAUGCGGGAAGUGAUGGAGAAGGACAUCAAGGGUAGCCGCUACCUGGAGCACGGCGAGUACGACGGCAACCUUUAUGGUACCAAGAUCGACUCCAUCCAUGAAGUGGUGGACGCGGGCCGAACCUGCAUCCUGGACGUUAACCCUCAGGCCCUAAAACUGUUGAAGACUGCUGAGUUUAUGCCAUUUGUAGUGUUUAUUGCUGCCCCUGAGCUGGACACCCUAAGAUCUAUGCACAAAGCUGUGGUUGAUGCUGGACUAACUACCAAACUACUCACAGAGAAUGACUUGAAGAAGACCGUGGAUGAGAGUGCCAGGAUCCGCCGGGCAUACAGCCACUACUUUGACCUCACUAUCAUCAAUGACAAUCUGGACAAGGCCUUUGACACACUGCAGGAGACGGUGGAGCGGUUAUUUAUAGAGCCACAGUGGGUCCCGGUAAGCUGGGUCUACUGAUGUUUUACCCCCCUACUGGACCGACGCAGCUGUUCGAGUCUCCAGUAGGACACCUGAAGGGAGGAUACAACAGUGUACUCAACACACGGACAAAGUGUUGGACAUCAGCCCUGUGUGAAUUCAGGUCUUGCACAAAACUGCAUCAAAACUUAGUCACCUUGAUCUGAAUUGACAGAUUCUUUUUAAGCACACUAUGCAACACAAAACACACAGGAAGUGUACUUAUUUAUUGGCAAAACAUUUUUUAAAGAGUAUGUUCUAUUCAUGUGGAUUGGGAGAAAAUACUGGUCUCUAUGUGAGUUUAUCUUAAAGAAAAUGCCAUUUUUGUCAUGUCCUGUUUUAAUUUCCGAUCUGUUUGUGAGAUAGGUAAAGUAUAUUUAUUCUGCAGGUAUGAGGAGGGCUUGCUCAUUGGAAAGAUCAAUACCUCAGUGUCAUGGUUUACAGUGGAUAUGCCUCCAGUAGUUCACCUCAGUCUGUCACUCAUGUACAAGUUUUCAUUUCAUAAUACACACUCAUUCAUUUAGAAUAUAUUCACAAUAUUGAGUCCUUUAUUUCUCUUCAGGACUAUAUUGAUGCUCUGGUGUCUUUACAGUUCAACCACAUUCAUGGGAAAUGGCCAGUUCCAGUUUGACAUUGCAUAGAAGUCAAAGUAACGCUGUAGUGUUAACCCAUUAUUUCUCUCUCACUCAAGCACAACACAUUACAUUAACUAUGUUUGUCAGACUUUAGAAUCAUGUGAGUAUUUCUGACUGUCCAACCCAUCGUGGUGCUUCGUUUGUGUGUAUUUGGAAGACAGAAAAACUUUCCACAGGACUCUUGAACAGGGUACUGCAUCUCAGUGAAACAUCCCUUUUUGAUGUGACAUAACUAAAACUUACUUGUUUUAGACAGUUUAUAUUGACUAAUAAAGAUAUAUUUUACAAGGUGUUAGAAAAAAAAAGAUGUAUUUUCAACUGUCAAAUAAACUAUGUGUUUUCUAA